AUGGACAACCUUGCACACCAUCGGCGCCGAGACAACGCUGCAUCACCAAAUGGCAGCAGCAGCCACCUCGACAAGCAGCACCGCCGUCAGGACGGGAAUAACCUCGGCAUGACGACUUCACGCAGAUCCAACUUGCCCGCCGCCCUUGCCGUAAAUCGGUCGUUUGAACCCCCCAGAGAACGAGAGCGAGAGCGACAGCGUGAGCGUGAGCGAGCCCGGCACCGUCAUCUACCGCAUCCGCCUCUUGUCCAUUCUCGAGGCCGUCCGGACGAGCUAUCACUGUCCGAGUCCCAUCACCGCCGCCGCGACCACACCCGCAGCCCCGAGCGUCGCAGUAACUGUCCAUCCCAACCAUCCCACCGUUCACCACGCAGCCAUCGAGGCCGUUCCCGUUCGCCAGGAACCGCCCAUCGCCGCGAGCCUCGUGCCUCACCUGGUCGUCGAGCAUCAGACCACGCCUCUUCAAGGUCUAAAAAGGAGACCCGCGAACAGCUAGAACCUCACGGCCGACGCCGUGCAUCGCGAUCGCCAGCACCAAGCAAGCGCCGACGAAGCCCUAGCCCUUCCCUUGCUGCGGAGACGAGGUCGAAAAAGGCCCGGCAAAACGCCAGUCCUUCAAGGCCGGAGAGUGGCGUGCGGCCGGAACUUCUGCAGUCAAGGGCUGACCGUGACACUUCUCCCCGUUCUCAUCGGGCCCCACCCCAUUCACCUCGCGACCGGCGUUCAAAGCCCAGCGGCAGACGGCCUAGCCGUUCGCGGUCCCCAAGUCCUCCUCGUCGACAUAGGUCUCGGUCUCCUCGUGGCUACCGAGCCACUCGAACAGAAGGUGAGGGAGCCACCCGCCGUAGGGGUACGUCACCUAGGCAUCAUCACCGAUCGCCUCGCCCGGAGCCCAGACGUCGAUCGAGAUCACGUCCUCGCAGUUCUCGGAAGCCGCCUGUCGCAGGGGAAAGCCAACGGCCUACUUCAUCAGAUACUGCAUCACGUCGCAGGCCAAGUCCAGAUUUCGGCUCGUCACAGGCAGCACACGGACCGGCCCGGGCCCACUCCCCGCCCGGUGGGGGACACCGUAGAUCGGGCAAGAAGAGACGAGGCCGUGAAGGAUCACGCUCAUCCGAGAAGUUUGACCCUGUCUCCGGUGCCAAUAGUAUCGGGGUGAACAUGGCGGCCAGGGGUGGACACCGCGGUGGCUUCAAUCCCCCACCGAGCUAUCCCAAAGGGCAAUUUGACGCCCGCAGCUACGGCCAGUCUCCGGGCCACGGAACCCCCGUCUCAUCAUUCCACGGCUCACCAACAUCUCAGUCACCGUAUGGCGGUAGCGGACGGGGCUGGAACCACCAACCGCAGUUUUCUCCCCAAGGUGGCCAAUUCUCGCCCCCAUAUCCCAAUAGCAAUUAUGGACCUCCAAAUGGCCCGCAAGCACACUAUCACGGCGGCCAGAUACAUUCGCCUCCUUAUGCACCGACUGGGCCGUCAUCUCAAUAUUCUCCCGGGCCGUACCGCGGAGGUCACAGAGGCGGCUCGUUUCGGGGCGGCCAGUUCCCCGCCCGUGGGGGCCUCCGAGGUGGAUUCAAGAGUACACAGUGGCAUCCGCAGGGCAACCAUGGGCGAAGCCAACCUGGCCCGGCCGAGGGGUCGGACCUGUCGCAUGCUGCUUCCCAUCAAUCUCCCAGCAGUCAUGCGGAAAGGCCUUCAGAGAAGGGCGAUGUUAGCAUGGCAGGUAGCGAUAACCCCUUCAGGCCGUCCAAGGACUUGCAAGUUGAGGAUUCCAGCAAGGAGGAGCAGCCAAAAGAAGACAGGAUGCCACCCCCGAGCCGGCCGCCUCCCACUGGGCCGCAAUCCACGACAUCUAAUAAGUUUAGUUUCAGCAUGAAAAACGCGGUUAAACCGGUUGUGGCGGCACCUAGACCCGAGAUAUCGUCCAAAUUCAAUGCUGCUCCGGCAUCGCGCGAUGCACCAACCAGGCCCGCAGGGCAGAAAGCACCUCCUACAAGGCCAGAGCGAGACCGCGGCGGGUUUCCGAAGAACGCGCCCACCGAGCCAGCAUCGGCACGACCCCGUCCCGGUGUUCCCACCGGACCCGGCGAUCGCAGACCGCUCGAAUCCGCCAGGCAGCCAGAGCCCGCCCCGAAAACACAGAAGGUGAAGAAGAUCGUCAAGCGUCUCAGGGAGAAGCCUACCCUUCCGCCGGAUUUGGCGGCCUCAAAGUCCGUCUUCUUCAGGAAACCGGGGAACGAAUCGGUCGUGGGCUCGGGCACGUACGGCAAGGUGUUCAAAGGUUUGAAUGUAUACACCAAGAACCUUGUUGCUCUCAAGAAGAUCCGCAUGGAAGGUGAGAGGGACGGGUUUCCGGUGACGGCCGUGCGCGAGAUCAAACUCCUCCGCUCGCUCAGCCAUAAGAACAUUGUCCAGCUGCAGGAGGUCAUGGUCGAGGCCAACGACUGCUUCAUGGUGUUCGAGUACCUGUCACACGACCUGACGGGUCUGCUCAACCACCCAACAUAUCAGCUGGAGGAAGGGCACAAGAAGCACUUGGCCCAGCAACUCUUUGAGGGGCUUGACUAUCUUCACACGAGGGGCGUGCUCCACCGUGACAUCAAGGCCGCCAAUAUUCUGGUCAGCAGCGACGGCAUUCUCAAGCUUGCUGACUUUGGCUUGGCCCGCUUUUAUGCAAAACAUCACCAGCUAGACUACACCAACCGUGUCAUCACCAUCUGGUACCGGUCGCCCGAAUUAUUGCUUGGAGAGACGCAGUAUGGUCCGGCAGUGGACAUCUGGAGCGCCGCCUGCGUGCUGGUGGAGAUCUUCACCAAGCGGGCCAUCUUCCCCGGGGACGGCAGCGAGAUCAACCAGCUGGACAAGAUUUACUCGGUGCUCGGGACACCGAACCGGAAAAACUGGUCGAACCUGGUUGAGAUGCCUUGGUUUGCUCUACUCCGGCCGACCUACCGGAGACCCAAUGUAUUUGAGGAAAAGUACAAGGAGUUACUCACCCCAGCCGCCUUCGACCUGCUCGCCUCCAUGUUCGUCUACGAUCCGGAUAAGCGCCCUACUGCCGCUCAGGUCUUGAAGCAUCCGUACUUUACGACGGAGGAACCGGCUCCACGGCAGGCGAUUGAGCUCAAGGACAUUGGCGGUGAGUGGCACGAGCUUGAGUCGAAAGCUCUCCGGCGUGAGAAGGAAAAGAAGGAGAGGGAGCGCGCACGCGCUGCGCAACAACAGCAGCAGCAGCAACAGUCUGGUCUGAAGGAGGAGGGCCCCGAAAGCGGUAGCGCCCGUGACAGGGAGCGGAAGCGGCCCAAUGAAGACGCGGAUGCGCAGCGCGAGGCGAAGAGGCCGCAUAUUGAGCCCAACGGCAAGAGUGCCGGGGCAGCGGCCAGUCAAGCGCCCGGGAGAGGUUGA